GGCCCAAGUGACUGUUGCGACGGGGUGUGUCACUUCGCUCCUGGGACCAACGCAACGCAAUGGCCAAGUUCUGCAGUCAUCGUACCUUCAUCGAUGUGGAAGGGACCGAGGACAAGACUCGACGAUCCAAAAGCUGUCCAAAAUGCACACAUGUCGACCGUCGAGCCGAUUGGAAGAGCCACUUUCAGGCAUCGAAGUUGCUGGAGCGUUCGGAGAAGGUGGAGGACCCCGCGCAGCCGAUGCUGGAGUUUCUGGAGCCAGGCUCAUCGAUCGGCAGCCAUGGACACCCUCACAUCUCAUUCUCUUCGCUCGAGGAACAUGUAAGCAGGGUUCGGAUUGUAAGUUUUGCCAUUCACUACAUGUGGGCAGACCAGCCAGCCUAGACGCGCAGCAGCGGGCCUUGAUCGCAAGCUGGUCCUUGGCAAAGUUGCUCGACGCUGUGCUUCCACACCUCAAGAAGGCCACGGGCGUGGCUUUGCAUCCUGGAUCCGCCCAUCUUCUGGAGCUGGUCCAACGUGAGCUAGACCUGCGCAAGACAACCAUCACCACCAGGAUGGCUUUGGCAGGUUUUGGUCCAGUUCCGCAUCGACUCCGAAACGUCUUCCGGCGCAUGUCUUUGUCUGCGCUGGUGAGUGUGGUCUGUUCCAAGUCCGCGCCCAGCCCCUUUUCAACGAUUUUGAAGAGGGCCUUGAACAAGUUGCGGCGAGAAGUGGGUGAAGGGCAGUGAACAGAGUCUUUGACAUGCAGGGUCAUGAUUGUCAUGACCUGUGCUGAUGGCCUUCAAGAGCUUUAGGAUCCAAAAGCAUGGAAAGGUGCAUGGGGAAAGUCCAGGUGUUCCAACUGGUGUUCCCAUUGGCUCACCAAGCUACCCCGCCAACUCCAUGUGGCCAGAGGGAACUGCAGGGUGCUCAGAGCUCCUUGCAUACUUGGGCAUGGCGCAUGCAUUUUGAACCAAUCUUCUCAUUGCAAGUCAAAGCUGUCGAGCGUUGUUGAGGAGGAGCUGAGCAUCAUUUGAAAGCCUGUGAGGUAGGCAAACAUGUCCUCCGCAGAUUGCAGUUGGUGC